UCAGCCCGGCCCCACCUGCAGGAGUCCACACCGCUGCUGCUGCUGCUGGUGAUUUUACAGCUACAUGCUCUCAGCUCCACAUCCACAGAGUCGGGCGGUAUUUUGUCAUCCAUCUGUGCGUGAUCUCCGGGGUUUAGUUCGUGCAGCUGGAGGAGCAGAAAGGAGGGAUGCGCGCAGGGUCCUUGAACGCCACAAACAAGUUGACGAGGCUGCAGGAAGACAGAAAGAGGACUAUCUCCUGUUGAUCCAGCUCUGCUUCUUAUUCCACCUCUCUCUUCCUCUAUAUGGCAAAGUUCCUGGCUGAAUUACUGGGAUGCACACUUCCAGACAAGGGCACUCCACCUUUAUUCGAGUGUCGGAGCCAACCCCACCUCGGUCUGAGGCCUUCCUCCAAACAGCGGCCAACCAUCUUUGGGACAUUAACCAAUGAGAGAUCGCUGUUUGACAACAGACUGGACAACAUGCCUCAGACACCACCGUUCACGGGGCAGCUGAACACCAGCAGCUACAACAAGAACCUGUACCAGACCAAGGAUGACAGCUACGCCGGCCUGUAUUACCAUGACAACAACCUGGCAUCCGGGUCCCUGGAGGCCCUCGUUCACCACUUGGUCCCGACUCUAGACUAUUAUCCAGAUAGGACGUACAUCUUCACCUUCCUGCUCAGCUCGCGCCUUUUUGUCCGCCCGUACGAACUCAUGUCGAAGGUGUGUCACCUGUGCAUGGAGCAACAACGACUCAGCGAUCCUCAAGCCGACAAGAUGAGAGUCCGGAAGAUCGCUCCCAAGAUCCUCCAGCUGCUGACGGAGUGGACGGAAACCUUCCCGUACGACUUCAGAGACGAGAGGAUGAUGCGGAGCCUGAAGGAGCUGACCCAUCGGCUGGCCAGUGGAGACGAGGUUUACAGGAAGACGGUCGGCCAGAUGAGCCAGGGUCUGAUCCGGAGGCUGACGGUGCUCAGCCAGUACGAGGAGGCGCUGGUCAAGAUCAACGCCACGGCGGCGGAGCGACUGACGGCUCUUAAGGCGAAGCCCCAGGCGUCCAUCCAGAGAGACAUGCUGUCCAUCUGCAACGACCCGUUCACCGUCGCCCAGCAGCUCACGCACAUAGAACUGGAGAGACUGAGUUACAUCGGACCUGAAGAAUUCGUCCAGGCCUUCGUCCAGAAAGACCCGCUGGACAACGAUAAGAGCUGCUUCAGUGAUCACAAGAAGGCCAGCAACCUGGAAGCUUACGUUGAAUGGUUCAACAGACUCAGUUAUCUGGUGGCUACAGAGAUCUGCAUGCCUGUGAAGAAGAAGCACCGAGCUCGAGUCAUCGAGUUCUUCAUCGACGUGGCACGCGAAUGCUACAACAUCGGCAACUUUAACUCCCUCAUGGCCAUCAUAUCUGGGAUGAACAUGAGUCCUGUGUCACGGCUCAAGAAGACCUGGAGUAAAGUCAAAACGGCCAAGUUUGACAUCUUAGAACACCAGAUGGAUCCUUCCAGCAACUUCUACAACUACAGAACGGCGCUGAGAGGAGCCACACAGCGGUCGAUCACCGCCAACAGCAGCAGAGAGAAGAUCGUCAUACCUUUCUUCAGCCUGCUCAUAAAAGACCUCUACUUCCUCAACGAGGGAUGUGCCAACCGGCUCCAGAGCGGACACAUCAACUUCGAGAAAUUCUGGGAACUCGCCAAACAAGUGAGCGAGUUCAUGGCGUGGAAGAAGGUGGAGUGUCCGUUUGAGAAGGACCGCAAGAUCCUGCAGUACCUGCUGACCGCUCCAGUGUUCACCGAAGAUGCGUUGUAUCUGGCGUCGUACGAGAGUGAAGGUCCUGAGAACAACAUGGAGAAGGACAGAUGGAAGUCUCUGAGAUCCACUCUGCUAAGCAGGGUCUAAACUCAAGAAACCAGAAAGAAGACAAACACCUGACAAGCGAGCCGCGCCCCGUCGACGCCGCCGUUGUCUAAACGAAGUAUCCCCGUGUUGGAAGGGGAAACGACAAUCUCUACUUUGGCUGGCGAGGAUCUUUAAUGUUCCCCGCCAGCUUCAGGUUUCUAUUAAGCUCUGCUUGUCCUCACCCUCGCGCCUCUUUGUGCUGUAUAUUUCAGGACAGCUCCUCUCUUUGUAUGACUUUAUAGUCUUUUUUAAAAAAAACAAACGCUACAAACCUUCACAGUAAAAGCCAACGGGGUCGCCAAGGUUUCUCGUCUGAAACAUGUCGCCCCGAUAAACCUUCUGUGAGCGUAAACGUUGAGUCGUUGGGGUUGUUUGUUCCCCCUCCUCCCCGCUAGUUUUCAACACGUUUUUUUCAAAUGACGCUACAAAGUUAGCCGCUGGUUGGCUAACGCAACAGAAACGCUACUCGCGCUGGUUCCACAAGCCAGCGAUCCUUUGUACGGAGAACUCAGAAGUUGCCCGCAACACUGUUGUUUAUCAUUAAGCUAGCCAUUAUUUGUAGUUUUGUUUCCUUCCUUUUGUACGAUACCUCUCUCACUUCAUGUUUUGUUAAUUGUGAUGUGUAAGAAAAAGAAAAUGCACUGGCUGCAUUUUAAAGAACAAGUUUUUUUUUGUUUGUGUUGUAUAACGUUUUGUGAUUUUCUAAAACAAGAAGCAACACAUCCUUAUUGUUUGAAACACUCAUGGCCUCAGUAUGCUUCGAAUGAAUGAAAGCGUCAGUAAUUGGGGUUUAAGACACUGUUGGAUGCUCUGACAAGCUCUUCAUUUGAAGCCCACUGAGGCCUUUAGCAGUGAGCUUAACUGGAAGGUGUGAUGAUAGCGUGUUUCCUGUUGUUCCUGAUAAUCAGUGUUAAAAUAGCCCCACUGCUGCUGAGAAGAUAAGCCAGGGCUGGAUGCUACCAUUCAUACUUUCCCCUUUUGUUCCUGCUCUAAAUGUAGAAUAUGAGUGUGCUUGUGCUGCCCCCUGUUGGUUCAGUCAGAAAAGUGAAUGUGUGAAUAAUGUGAACUGAGGAUUUCUGUUUAAACAUGCUAAAUAAUAUCCUUUUUUAUUUUUCAUAUCAUUAAAAACUAGAUUCCUCCAUAUGUUUUAUUUAUAAAUCUAUUUGUGUAGUCCCAUUACGUCCUCAUGCCAGCUAUUGUUUUAUUGUUAUUUAAUUUUGUAUUUGGUACAUGCUUAAGUAGUCCUCGGAUUUUGGCUUAACUGUUCUUUUUAUAGACAAGUUUGUUUGAGACACUUAUUUUUCAAGGUACUUGCUCAGAGUAUGAUGUUAAACGACGGAUGUCUGCUUUGCCUUGACCGCUCCUCCCUCAACGCAGAGUGCUGUUGUGGUUUAUUGUGUACAUACUGUGUUUUGUUUUUUUCCCUCCCUGUGUUCAUUCAUUUGUAUUUGGACUGUUAAAAUGGAAUAGAGGAACCGUUUAUAAAUGAACUAGUAGUGUUUAAAAGAGAAAGUUAAUAAAAGGAUGUUUAAAAGUA